AAAAGAUUUACCAUCAUGGCGGCGUCAUUACAAAUAUAUGAGUUGAUUUUUGGCGUUUGAAAGGCUUCAGAAUAUAAAAACACAGAUGAGAACAUGCACAGCGACAAGAAAAUAACCAAGGAAGACACAUGGAGACCAGCUGACCUGAAACGAUACAUCAGGGAGGAAGGACAUGGUGAUGAUCAUGUCAGGAGGCGAGAUGACAGUGAGAGAAAGCAUCGUGGUGGGGAAUCAAUAGAGAGACACCGCAGAGACCCAGAAAAGGAGUCCAGACGAGACAGAGAAAAGCCCAAGGAAAGGGAGAGUACAAGAGAAAGAAGAAAUGAAGAUGAAAGAGACAGAUAUGCAGAUCGACGGAAAGAGGGUUCACGAGACAGGAGAGGCGAUAAGGAAAGGGAUCGAAGAGAUGACAGGGAGAAGAGAAGGGACAGAGACAAAUUGUUAGAUGAAAAGAGGUAUGAUGAUGAUCACAAGAGGCGAGACAGAGAGGAAAAGCAUGAAAGGGAGAGGGACAAGGAAAGACACAGAGACAAGGAGAAAGAAAGAGAUAGAGACAGGGACAAAAGGAGGGAAGAGAGAGACCAGGACAGACACAGAGAUAGGGAGAAAGAAAGGGAAAGGGAUAGAGAGAGACGCCAUUAUGAUGACAGGGACAAAAGGAGGGAAGAGAGAGACAAGGAAAGACACAGAGAUAGGGAGAAAGAAAGAGACAGAGAGAGACGCAAUGAUGAGGACAGGGACAAAAGGAGGGAAGAGAGAGACAAGGAGAGACACAGAGAUAGGGAAAAAGAAAAGGACAGAGAGAGAUGCAACGAUGAAGACAGGGACAAAAGGAGGGAAGAGAGAGACAAGGAAAGAAGGAGAGAAGAACAAAACAGGGAGCACAGGGCUGACAGAGAGAGACGGAGACAUGAGGAAAGAGAAGAAGGAGAUGGGAUUGAAAAGUAUGAACGAGAGAAGAGAGAUCGGCAUCGAGAGAAAGAGCGACACAAAGAUGAUUAUGAAGACAGGAGGAAUGACAGAGAAAGACGAGAGAGACAUGGAGGCAGAAAGCAUUUGGAAGUGAAAGAGGAAAGAGACCGCAAAGAUGAAGAGAGAAGACAUAAAGAAGAGAGGGAGAGGAGACACAAAGGGAGAGAACAUCCUGAUGAAAAGCGGAAGCGUGACAGCGAAUCCAGGGAGUAUCGGGACUUGAAGGGGUCAGCUGAAGAGGUCAUGCGUCAACGUGGUGACAGGGAGCAAGAGGAAAGAGAAAAACACAAAGAGAGAAGGCACAGAGAGGAGGAGGUGGAAAGAAAUCAUCACAUUGCAGCAUCUGACAAAAGUCAGAGGCGUGAGACUAAAACUGAGGAUGUAGCAAAGGUAUCUGAGCACCAAACAGCUAGUGUGAAAGAUGUGGAAGACACAGAGGAGCCUGUUGCCAAUGAUGAAGAUUUGGCUGACCAGGAAUAUGAAGAUGACUUUGAGAAAGUGGAUUACGAGGAGGAUUUUGAGGAAAUGGAUGAGAGUGCAAAUGAAAGCGAGGACGAGAAGGAGCCACAGCAUCCAGAGGUGGCUGAAGAGAAGGAGGAACUUACACCACAGAGGAGAAAGGAAAUUGAAGCAAUUCAGAGAGCCAUGGAUGAAGAGAAUGAGAGAGUGGGAACAGCUCAGUCCAGACAAAGUACAAGCAGAGAGGAGGAAGAUAGGCCUAAAUGGUCCAGAGGAUCAGAAAAGAACCAGAGUAGAGCCUCGCAACGUGGGAAGUUUAUCGACUUUGUAGCCGCAAAGCAGCGUGAAGUCAGCAAGAAGGUUGCCACAAAACAGAAGAAACGCAGUACAGAGCUCCUUCGCUUAAUCGAUCUGGAUUUCUCAAUGACGGUCUCCCUUUUGGAUCUGCCACCUGUUAACGAAUAUGACAUGUACAUCAGAACAUUUGGAACUGUAAACACAAAGCAGGCUUAUGUUCAGUGCAAUGAGGAUAACGCCAACAGAGACAUCCAGACAGAGGAGAUAGAGACGUGUCAGAAGUGGACGCAGCAUCCUCCAGAGCACAGUGGAGCCUGUGGCGAUCCAAACAGCUCUCAGGAAGCACGAGACAAAAGCGAAUUGAACUUUGACUCACAGCGCCUGACAGAGUUUCUGCGCUCAGCCUCGCAGGUCAUGGUUGUCCUGCUGGAAGAGGAUCGAGCUGAGAGAAAAUCCCUGAGGAAGCUGAGGUCUCAAACAGACACGCUGUCUUUCAGUGAUGGAAGUUUACAGCUCAACACUAAGUUGCCUUUUCUUUAUGGUCGCCGCAUCAGCCUGAUGCACUUCUCUCAGGUCCAGAGGCACACCAUGAUGUCAGUCCACAGCCCUACAACUAAGCCCAGCGCUGUGCGUCUCGACUGCUGCACCAUCAUCUGUAUCUGGAACAUUUGGGAGCCAUCCAGACCUCAAAAAGUCCUUGUGUAUGAAUCUGAGGUGCUGUGUUGUUGCUUCAGCCCUGGAAAGGCCAUACUGGUGUUUGCAGGCACGUCAGUUGGUUCUGUGGUGCUUUGGGAUCUGAGGGAGCACGCUAGUGACCAUUACCGCUUGAAGAUAGGGGACGACGAGUGGACUCUGCGACAGCCUACCUUCUCCACUGACUCAGUGAUGGCCGGCUCAUGCCAUUUCUCAUCUGUGACGUCUGUGGAAGUUGUCCCCUCAGCUGCAGCAGGGGGGCUGAGGCCAGAGGUCCCUCUCUUGGCAUCUGAGGAAGAGUCGUUGGGAUUGUCGUUCCAGCUGGCUUCUCUCGAUGAUACCGGGAUUUUAAAUUUCUGGGUGGUAGUGGAGCUCCCAAAAGCCAAUGAGGCAGGCUCUCCUACAGAUCUAGGGCUCCGGCCUGGGGGCAAAGUAAAGUUACUCCACAGCUCCCACCUCCUUACCACUGAGAGGGUGUCACCAAGAGAUGCAGCGAAAACAGGGCCGUUCCAAACUCUUCAUUUAAAAUUCCUCCCAUCAGACUCCAAUCAUUUCUUUAUCGGCACCAGCAUGGGUCUGGUCAAUCAUGAAACAAGUCAUGGUUUGAAGGCUCCUCCAAAGUUUUACAGGUUUCAGGAGCCCGGAGUUCGACCUGUUGAUGUCAUCUCAGUCCAGUUUUCUCCCUUCAGGCAACAGUUGUUCCUGGUGGGUUGUGGUGACGGCACCAUCAGGCUGCACACAGUCAGCCAUGAGCAGCCUGUUGCAGAGUGGAACAACAGUACAGCUGGUGAACCAGUGGUCUCACUGCAGUGGGCCCAAACCAGACCAGCAGUCUUCUGUGUGCUCGAUGCAGCCUCUAACCUCCACAUAUGGGACCUGCUGAAAAGUGACACAGAGCCUGCGGUCACCGAGAGGAUGGACUCUGACAGGGUGACAGCCAUGGCUGUGUUUGGAGACUCAGGACAACAGAACACAUAUUCAGGAAUAGCACUGGCACACGAGUCAGGAAAAAUAGAAAUGCAGUAUUUCACAAGACAUUUGACUGUGCCCGUUACCACAGAAGAGGAGAAGCUGGAGAGUAUGAUGACUGAAGCUUUGUGAAACACUGCAUCCUGUAUGGCUGCAUUUUUAAAGCCUGGAAGACCAAUAUAUAAAUCUGUUUAUGUUGCAGUCACUUGGUUGAGUGUAUGUAAUAUUUAAAUUUGAUGUGUGUGUUAAGUUUUUCCUUUUAAAUUAAUGAUACAUGGUUAAAAAAAUACAUAUAUUAAUAUGAGAAGGAUGUGGCUGAAUACCAAAGAUCCUCUACAGGGGCCACAAUAUUUUAAUAUCUUCCAUAAAUACAUGGUUAGAAAUAUAUGAUGUAAAUCUUUGUUGAUUUAAAUAUUUAUACUAUUUGAUAUUAAAAAAUAUUUGUACUGUAUUAACAUGUUUAAUUUUAUACAAUAA